AUGUCACCCUCGCCGCCUGGGAGAGGCAUCGGCUCCAUGGGAGAACGACGGGAACGAGCCAGCUCUCCAUCGCUUUCCUGUCCCUUCCAGCUGUCCCGCCCCAGCCUAGCCCGGGGGCCCGCCCGCAUCCGCGGUGCCGCUCACCCCCUCGCAGGGGCCGGGCACCUCUCUCCCAGGGCAGAGAGGACGGCAAUGGGGACAAGAACAGGCUCGUUUCCUCCUGAACAACCGAGACAAGAGCGAACCCCUCGCCUUCCGGGCGCUGCGGCGUGGCACGGAGGGCGCCGGGGCCAGCACGGCGCCGCCGCCUGCCCUGCUUCACCCCGGCCCGGCCCCAGCGAGGGGCGGGCAGCUCCCCACGUCGUUACCCCGUGCUGCCGCCGGCUGCCGCGUUUGAAAGGGCCGCCAGCGCGACCACGGCGGAUCCACCGCCCGACGCGCCGCGGGGAGGAGCAGGAAGCGGCGGCCGCGCCGCGCCGCAGGAAGUGCCGGGCCGGGGCGGUGCCGCCAUCUCGCACCGCCUCUCGCAUCGCCAGCGCUGCUGCUCGUACCGCCCCUCGUACCCUACCAAUACUGCCCGUACCGCCCUUCGCACCGCCUACACUGCUGCUCGUACCGCCCCUCGCACCCCACCGACACGGCCCGUGCCGCCCCUCGCACCGCCCACACCGCCGCUCGUACCGCCCCUCGCACCGCCCACACUGCUGUUCGUACCGCCCCUCGCACCGCCCACAAAGCCGCUCGUACCGCCCCUCGCACCGCCCACAAAGCCGCUCCUACCGCCCUUUACACCGCCGGCACCGGUGCUUGUACCGGUAUCUCGUAUCUCCUCUCGUACCUCCCUCACACCGCCUCUCACACCGCUCCUCUCGCCGCCCCUCAUACCUCCCUCACCGCCCCUCGUACUUCCCUCACCUUCCCUCACACCGCCCUGCACAGCCCCCGCCGCCCCUCACGCCGCCCCGGGAGCGGUGA